AUGAGUACUAGCUUAAAGUUAGGUCGUGAUCCUUCUCGUAAGAGUGUAGAUCGUUCCCUAUAUUGUAGCAUGAUAGGUAGUCUUCUCUAUCUCACAGCUACUAGGCCUGACAUUGCCUUUAGUGUAGGAAUGUGUGCUCGCUUUCAGGCAGAUCCAAAAGAGUCACACCUAAGCUCUGUUAGACGCAUAAUCAGGUAUAUCAAUGGUACAGUGGAUCUAGGGAUAUUCUAUUCUAGGAAUUCCAAUCUUGAUUUGGCUGGAUACUCCGAUGUCGAUUGGGCCAGAAAUGCAGAUGAUAGGAAAAGUACGACUGGGGGUUGUUUUUACAUGGGUAGCAAUCUCGUAGCCUGGCUAAGUAAGAAACAAAAUUCAAUUUCUUUAUCCACGGCAGAGGCCGAAUACAUAGCUGCAGGGAGUUGCUGUACUCAGCUUCUCUGGAUGAAACAAAUGCUUAGUGAUUAUGGGAUUAGUCAAGGGACAAUGACUGUUUUCUGUGAUAAUACGACACACACUGUAGUCCUGUAUGUGAGUCUUGACCGCUUGGGUGAGACUUGGGAUGGUGAUCUUCUACGCUUAGGAAUGGCCCGUAAGCGAUCACGUCCCUCUUCCCAGCCGGCUAGUGGUUCGACCUCUUACAGUCGAUCGAGGUUCAUUUCUGCUACAGCCCAGGAGGUCUUCCUUCCCAGUUCUCCUUAUGCCCCGUUCUCGUGGAGUUUGAGAUAA